AUGGGCAAGUCUUGGAGCCAAAGUGCCUGGAUCCCAAAUCCACCCAUAACCGAGAAAAAUAUUGUCGACCAGAGCGGAAAGUAUAGAGAACUCACAAUGGGCCAGGUAUUCAUAGUCACAGGGGGCAAUGCUGGUGUUGGUCUUCAACUAGCAAAAAUUCUAUACAGCGCGAACGCUAGAAUCUACUUGGCUGGUCGGUCAGAAAGACGCGUGACCGAGGCGAUUGAACAUAUUUGUUGCGCAUUCCCCGAUUCGAAGGGUAAUCUGUCAUGGUUACCGUUGGACUUGGCCGAUUUGCGCUCUAUAAAGAGAGCAGCCGAGCAGUUCCUGAAUCAAGAGAAAAGGCUAGAUGUGCUUUGGAAUAAUGCAGGGGUUAUGUUCCCAUCUGGAGCAAUCAAAUCACAGCAGGUGAGUCCUUUUGGACAUGACAUUCAGAUGAGCACAAACGUUCUCGGGCCUUAUCUUCUUACCUCUUUGCUCUAUCAAAUUUUGAAACAAACGGCCGAGACCGCCCCUUUGAACUCCGUGAGAGUGUGCUGGGCCAGCUCGCUUCUUUCAGAACUGUCCCCCCAGGGUGGAGUUGAUAUGGAUGACUCUGGAUCGCCGAUAUUGUCAAACACCAGAUAUACCAAUUACUUUGUUUCAAAGGCGGCAAAUAACCUAAUAGCGUUCGAGUUUGGGAAAAGAUGCAAAAGCGCAAAUGUGUUAAGUGUUGCCUUUAACCCAGGGAAUCUCAACACAGAACUGACCCGACAUUUAAUGGUGCCGUAUCUUGAAUCCGUUGAGCGCUUGCUCCAAGGGCUUGUAUUGUGGCCACCGCGGUAUGGUGCUUAUACAGAGCUCUAUGCAGGCCUAUCUCCCGAUCUGACCAUUGAACAACAUUCUGGUGCGUACAUAUGGCCAUGGGGGCGCAUAGGUCAUCUGCGUCCAGAUAUUGAGGAUUCGUUGCGGUCGAAAAUUCAAGGUGGAUCGGAGAAAGCGGCGAAGCUCUGGGCGUGGUGUGAUCAGGAGACCGUUAAUUUUACUUGA